UUAAUUCCAGGAAAACGAUCUUCUUCUUCACAUUCCAGAACUUUGAAAAGAAGCGCUGGCCAAACCGAUUUUCCUGCAAAAUAAGCAAAUUUGAAUGGAAAACAUGGGACGCCGACGUGCCAGGAUGCCUAUUUUCACGAUCGGCGACUUUGUGUUCGCUAAGGUGCGCGGGUAUCGCGCCUGGCCAGCCCGCAUCCUGAACCGCGUCGGUGCUACGGCAUACAAUGUGUACUUCUACGGAACCUGCAAUUACGCCAAAGUGCCUCGCAACGAAGUUGUCGACUUCGAGAAGAACCAGCGUCGAUUGGGAGUGAUCCGGGCGAAGGGAUACAACUGCAAUCCAACUUUCCGGGGCGCCAUGAUGCACGCCCGCCAAGCAUUCGCAAAUCCCGACGAGGAUUUCGGGUACUACCAGCAGUUGGCUGUGGAAAACGGCGAUUGCGUCGACGCCGAGGACCUGGAACUGGAGUACAUGGUUACCGAAGAUGGAAGCAACCUACAGCAGGAGCAUGAUGCCAACGAACAGGUUGCGGUGGAUCAGGAUGAGGAGGUAAAUUCAUUGGAGCAGGUCUUCAGCAAUCAGAUGAAUGAGCCGGAUUCAGAGGAGCCUGCUUUAGAUUGUCAACUAGAGGAACAGGAAGCAUCACAGUCGAUGGUGCUGAAGAAGCAGGUCUCCGAACCGUAUUACUCGAUGGCUGAGUUAGUUUCUCUGAAAUCGAAGAAAUUAGAUACGCUGGAAAAGCGUGCCAAUCGGAAAUCAAAGAUGUCAGUUCCAAAAGAUCAGUUGAAGCAGGCAAAAUCUCAGUUAGUGGAACAGGUUCCAGAACAGCAGGACUCAACGGAGUUCCUGGAGCAUUCAAAGCCCCAGUUGCAAAGUGUGAAUACUAAGAAAGAGGACUGCAAUUUGCAGGAGAUUAUUUCAAAAGAUUUGCUCAAGCAGGUGGAUGAUCUAAUGAAAAUGCUCGAGGACAUUGAAGAUUACACACGUAAGGAAGAGGCUCAAGAUCUGGAGGAGCUGAAAGUGGAGGAGAUUUACUAUAUGGAUACGCCCAUUGAUAUGUCCUGCCAACGCCAUCGCUAAUAUAAAUGUAAAGAGAUGCGUUCUACAAACUACUACAAAAUAAUUUUUUCGCAUACAUCCUACUGAAACAUGCCUAGAUUAAAGAAAGUAAGUGAAAUGUCCUAAUUAUGUUCAAAUUAUGUCGCACCCUUAUGAAUUAAUUACUGACCAUUUAUAAACUAAAUCUUUAACGUUAGAUGGGAACUAUGUACCACACAUUUUAUUUUCUUAACAUACAAAGACGUAAAAAGAGUUUUGACA